AAAUUGUUAUUCAGUAUCAGUCGUUUACUGGGAGCUAAUAGUGACUCUAAUAAUAAACACAAUGAAAGCGGAUCGACAUCUGAAUCGGUCGAUCAUGAGAUGCCUGAAUCGCCGUCCAUAACAUACCCACCGUCUCCAUCAUCGUUGUCGCCAAAUAUGAACAAUAAAUACAGUCUUUCAUCACAUCGUUUAUCAUCAAUGAGUCCCUACGAAACAGCAUUAUCUCAUUUGACACCAAACCAUACACUCAUUAGAGAUGGUCUUCAAAGUCAUAAUAGUACCUCAAAUGCCAAUCAAAGGGAUGAUGUGAUGUUGAAGAUGCAGAAAAAGCAGAGGAAAGCCAGGACUGCAUUUACUGACCAUCAGUUGCAAACUUUGGAGAAAAGCUUUGAGCGACAGAAAUACCUCUCAGUUCAGGAUAGGAUGGAAUUGGCGGCCAAAUUGAAUCUAACGGACACUCAGGUCAAGACAUGGUAUCAAAACAGAAGAACUAAAUGGAAACGUCAGACAGCCGUAGGACUCGAGCUAUUGGCCGAAGCGGGCAAUUACGCGGCCGUCCAGCGUAUGCUACAGACAUCGCCAUAUUGGUUGAGCCAAUACGGGAACGCAGCCGCCGCAGCAUCGUUGGCCACUACCGCACAGCCACCACCGGCCACAUCUAUUGGCAAUAACUCUCAUCCCUUUGAUCUAUACUAUAGACAAGCGGCAGCUGUUCUCCAGAAGCCGAUGGCAACGCCUAUGUUUCCUACGCCUAACCGUUUUAAUCCAUUGUAUUUAAAUUCAAUUUCAACGACAGCCUCAUCACAACACCAACUAAUGAUGAAUUCAUCGGACACAUCAUCGACGACAAGCCCAUCGACAUCUCCACAGAUUUCAGUUGCCAUGUAA